UAAAAAUGGCUGUCAACAAUUAAUGUGUCAUGAAUCAAGUGCAUAAAAAAUACACAGUAAUUUGAUUAAAUAAUUAAUUUUAAUUGUCAAAACUUUCAUUGAUUAAUAAUUCAUUUUUUUCUACAGUAUACACUAGCACUGUCUAUGAAAAUCUCAUUAUUUUGACGUCUAAUUAUUAUAUACCUACAAACUUAACAUUUAAUAAUAAUAUUAUUUGUUAUUGUUUAUAAAAAUAUAAUAAGCAUGGAUUCAACCAAAACAAAUAAAAGAGCCGCAUCAGAUCGGAUUAGUGAAUCGGAUGAUGAUAAUGAUCAUCAAAAUGUUUAUGAUAAAAAAAAAAAAGUAGAAGCACCUCGUUUGUGUCCUUAUCUUGAUACAAUAAAUCGUCAAUUUUUGGAUUUUGAUUUUGAAAAAUUAUGCUCAGUAUCAUUGUCAAGAAUAAAUGUUUAUGCAUGUCUUGUUUGCGGUAAAUAUUUUCAAGGAAGAGGAACAAAUACAUAUGCUUAUACACACAGUGUUGCUGAAAGUCAUCAUGUAUUUUUAAAUCUUCAUACAUUAAAAUUUUAUUGUCUACCUGAUAAUUAUGAAAUUGUUGAUUCUUCAUUGGAUGAUAUAAAAUAUGUUUUAAAACCAACAUUUAGUAAAAAACAAAUAAUGGAACUUGAUACAAGUAGUAAACGUUCACGAGCAAUUGAUGGUACAAUGUAUUCAGCUGGAAUUGUUGGAAUGAAUAAUAUUAAAGCAAAUGAUUAUUGUAAUGUUAUAUUACAAAGUUUAUCACAUGUAAUACCACUACGUAAUUAUUUUCUUCGUGAAUUAAAUUAUUCAAAGGUUAAAAGUCCACUCAAAUUGCAUAUAUUGAUACAAAGAUUUGGUGAGUUGAUGAGAAAAUUAUGGAAUCCAAGAAAUUUUAAGGCUCAUGUUAGUCCACAUGAAAUGUUACAAGCUGUUGUAUUAGCUAGUGAUAAAAAAUUGAAAUUUACUGAACAAGGUGAUCCUAUUGAUUUUUUAUCAUUUUUUUUACAUACUGUUGAUCUUGCAUUAAAAAGCAAGGAAAAACCAAGUAUUAUUAAUCGAACAUUUUUGGGACAUAUGAGAAUUCAUGUACGUAAAAUUCCACCACUUGAACUUGAAGAAAGUCAAAGAAGUGAAUUAUUAAAUACUGUUGAGUAUGGUGAGACUAUUCAAGAAAGUCCAUUUCUUUAUUUAACAUGUGAUUUACCACCACCACCAUUAUUUAAAGAUCAAUUUACCGAGAAUAUUAUUCCCCAGGUCAAUUUGUAUACACUUUUAAACAAAUUUAAUGCAACCACUGAAAAAGAAUAUAAAACACAUAAAGAAAAUUUUAUGAAACGCUUUGAGAUAACUAAAUUACCACCAUAUUUAAUUCUUUACAUAAAGAGAUUUACAAAAAAUACAUUUUUCGUUGAAAAAAAUCCAACGAUUGUUAAUUUUCCUAUCAAAAAUGUUGAUUUUGGAGAUAUACUAACACCAGAAAUAAAAGCAAAACAUCCAUGUACAACUUAUGAUUUAGUUGCUAACAUUGUUCAUGAUGGUGAACCUGCACAAGGUACAUAUCGAGUACAUGUAUUGCACAGAGGUUCUGGACAAUGGUAUGAAUUACAGGAUCUUCAUGUUACUCCAAUAUUACCACAAAUGAUAACACUCACAGAAGCUUACAUACAGAUUUAUGAACUUCGAAAAGAAAACAGUCCAUCAGAUAACACUGACAACAAAUGAAAUUAAAAUUUUUAUAAAUUAUUUUCAAUAAAAUUUAUUAAUAAUAAUAGUAAUAUUAUUUGUUUAAAUAAAAUUUAUU